AUGAGCCCCGCGCUCGAAUCCACCGACGCCAAGAACAAACUUGAGGAUCUCUCAGGCGUCAAGAUCAAGCCGGGAGAGAACCCAUACAAGGCUAUGAUCGAGGCCUGCCACGAUGAUGAGACGGAGAUACAAUCCCUGUAUUCUACGCACAGAGUGACAAGGAAUGGUCAGCAGAAGGAGAGAUUUUUGUCAACGGAUUUCAAGGAGGUCCUCAUCGACCCCUUCCUGCUUAGACUUGAGAACCCUAGCAUCGAGCCGGGCUUCACGGACCCAAGGAACUGCCUCGUAUUCUGGGCCAGGCCACCGGAACACAUCAUCAAGCUCGCUAGCAAAAUACAGUCCCUUCUCAAGGAGGCGGCACCGAACAUUUGGCUCAUGCCACCUCACCGCAUGCAUCUCACCACUCUCGAGGUAACACACAGCCGCACGCCCGCCGAGAUCGCCGAGAUCGUGACGCAGAUGCGCUCCACGAUCCCGGCACUGGCCAACUUCACCUUCGCACACCGCAGCCGCCUCGUCAAGCCGAUGGUUUCGUAUGACCUGGCCGCCUUCGCCAUGUCCUUCCUCCCGGCCGCCGGGGAGCCCGUGACUUCGCCGCCCCCGGCCGCCCCGGCCGGCAGCUCUUCCGGUGGGGCCGACGGCGGCCACGACGUCGAUGACUCGUACACGUAUCACCAUCUCCGCCGGGACGUCUUCGACCUCGCCAGGACGACGGGUGUGGACGUCGACUCGCGGUAUGUCGUCCCCAGCGCGCACAUCACACUGGGCCGGUACCUGACGCAACAGGACCACGCGACGCCUUCCACCCGGGAGAAGUGGACCAGAACGAUCGAUGAGAUCAACGCUUGGUUGGAGAAGGAGGUGUGGGACAGCGCCCAGGCGUCAUUCGUUGGCGAGUGGAUUGUGGGCCAGGAAAGGGGCAUCGACGCGAGGAGUGGUAGGCUAUGGUACGGAGGAGGCAGGACGAUUCUGAUGGGGGAAGGAUUCUAG